AUCUUUUCGGCAGACGACGACCGCACCCAACAAUCGGAAUCCAGAUUCCUUGGACGCGAGGUAUAUUCAUUUCACAGGCCACUCCAGUGAUGAGCUGAAUAUACCGCCACCAGAUCGACUCCAGAAUCCCCUUCUCAAUCUGUCAUCAAGCCAUUAGCCAUUCCGUUUCACGAACCAUAUAGCUCCUGGAUGCAGGGCGUCGUCACCAGGCGCGCGCGCUACUGCCCGGCGAAGCUCCAGCGCCAAGUACCCUCCAGCUGCCGAGCACCGCGCGUAUCCACAAGCUUUAGCUGCCGCGGUGGCAGUCGGUGCAGCGUCGCUCCGGGCGAGAGGGCCCGGGCCGUCGUGGUGAGAGCGGGCGGUGGCCCGGGGAUAGGAGAUGGGGAGCAAGCAGCGCCGCCGCGACAGGACGUCGUCGGAGCAGCGUCGGCGACGGGUGGCGCGAAGAGAGGGACCGUGGCUGGCGCCGUCGCGCUCAUAGUCGGCACAAGCAUCGGGUCCGGCAUCCUCGCCGUGCCGCAGAGCACAGCACCGGCGGGUUUCGUUCCAAGCGCCGUGUGCAUGGUCACCUGCUGGGCCUUCCUGGUGGCCGAAGCGCUCCUCCUCGCCGAGAUCAACGUCCACCUGCGCCGGAAGCAGAAGAAAGACGGCAACGGUGGCGGCGGAGGGCUGGAGGUGAUCUCAAUGAAGAGCAUGGCGCAGGAGACGCUGGGCGAGUGGGGAGGGAACCUGGCCGCCACAGCCUACCUAUUCCUGUCCUACACGUCCAUGGUCGCCUACACGUCGAAAUCCGGCGAGGUGCUCGCCCGCGUGAUCGGCGUGCCCGAGCCCGUCUCCGGCGGCGCAUUCACCGCAGCCGUCGCGCUCCUCAUCGCCGCGGGAGGCACGGGCGUCACCGCCCAAGUGAACCAGCUGCUCACCUUCUUCAUGAUAGGGUUGCUGCUAACGAUUGAAGUCUCGGCCGUAGCGUUGGGCGGUGGCCUUGGCCUGCCAGCCAACACCCACUGGGAGCAGCUUCCCGCAACACUUCCGGUGAUCAUCUUCACUCUCGUCUACCACGACAUCGCACCAGUGAUAUGCGCGUACCUGGAAGGGGACCUCGCAAGGAUCCGGCUCUCGAUCAUCGUUGGGAGCCUCGUGCCACUGCUGUCGCUGCUCGUGUGGGACGACAUCGCGCUGGGCCUCUCCACAGAUCUCAACGGGUUUGCCAUUCUGGACAUGAUCAAGACAGAAUGGGGCUACAUGGUGGUGGAGACGUUCUCGCUCCUCGCUGUCGGGACGUCGCUCAUCGGGACACUGCUCGGCGCCUCGCAGUUCUUCGUCGAGCAGAUGACCAACCUAGCCUCCUCAACCGAGGACGAAAAGAUCAACCAAGACGUUCACGAGGAAGAUGGAUCGAGUCAUCUUGGUUGGAAAACACUGCUGGAAAGCAACAGGCUCAGUUACGUUGCCACAGGGGCCGUGGUUGUCCCAACCGUUCUGAUAGCGGCUGCUGUCCCGGACUCCUUCUCCAUAGCUACUGACAUUGCAGGCGGCUACUGCAUGACCAUCUUGUAUGGUGUUCUCCCUCCGCUGAUGGCCUGGUCUAUUGGUUCCAAGUUAUCUGACCAAAAAGCUGAUCUUGCAGAAGCAGUAGAAACAUCUAAGGAAAUCAAGCAAAAAGCGAGCUUCACUAGUGCAAAACCUGUACUGGUCGGGAUGGGGGUGUUCUCUGUGCUCAUGGUCUUCCAGCAAAUCUUCCAAGACUUGCUCAGUUUUAACACGUAUCUCCUCUCAUGGGCUAGCUAGAGUAGAAAGUUCUGAAUAAGUAAAGAAUGUUUCUGAUAUGGGCUAGCAGCCCAUUCCUGAACAAGAACCCUUCUCCAUGCUCGGAUCAUGGAUGAUUCCCGGCGAAA